CGCGAAACGAAUCGGACAGAAUUCUUCAAAUGGCUUCUGCAAACACAUCCGCUACGCCAUCCGCCUGGCCGACGACAUCUAUACUCGAAUAUUGGCUACAUGUUUCUUGGACGUGUCAUUGAAGCAUUAUCUGGGCAGACUUAUGAAACAUUCGUUAGUGCUGAGAUCCUCGAGCCGUUGAAUAUUAGUGCACGCAUUGGACGACGACAACAUCAGCAGCGUCAACAGUACGAGGUCAAAAAUGUUGAAGAUUCACUGAAUUCUUAUUGCUUCUAUUGGUGGAUAGAAAUAAUAACCAAUACACUACAGUAA